GGAAACAUAACUGUGUUGUGUACUCCUACAGCGACAGCACUGCUGAUGUGUAGGCUACAUUAUUCACUAGUAUCUUCAUUAGCACUUCCUCAUAGCUGUGGUGUGUUUUCUGAUUUGUAACCUUAUCUGAAUUUUCUUGAAAGGUUCCACCUCACCCAGCUCAGCCUUUGAGCACACAAAGUGUGAAGAUGAGGUGUGGCAAGUAACUCAGUAAGAUCCUCCAUGGCAUGGUCAGUUUUCACCACUUUCUUUACAAUAUUGCUAAUGCUAAAGUACACAAAUGGAAUAAAAUGGAGAAAACAGGAAAUAUAUGCCUAACUGAAACAGAAUAAGUGAGCUUUUAAACAUCGUUUUGGCAACUCAGCCAUGAGCUUCAGUUUUGCAUUGAGCCGGGAUAGAAGCAAUGCUUCAGACACAUCUUCAGUCAACACAACUUCAUCUUCAGUCAACAUAACCUCAUCUUCAAUUAAUGCAACUUCAAAAUCAAUCUCUGUAUCUUCAGCAUCAGUCACUGCUCCUCCAACCUCAGCAAAUGAAUCUCCAACAACAGUCACUGUCAUUGUCAAUACACUGAUAGCGAACUCCACCACAGCCUACCAUGGGAUUCUGCCCUCUUUGUUAGACAAAAUCCCAUUGCCAAGAUGGGCCACCUAUACGAUAAUUGCCCUGAUCCUCUUGGUGGUUUUAAUUUGCGUGCUGUGCUGCUGCAUAAAAUGCUGCUGCAAAGGAAAGAAAAAGAGAAAAAAGCAGAACCAGAAGAUCAGCAUGAAAGGACUGAAUGGUACCAGUACAGCAGCACUGGUGCAGCCUGAAACGGGAGACGUAGAGUAUGGAUCUCUUAACCAGCCACGAGGAAAGCUGCUGUAUUCCCUGGAGUACAAUGCAGCACGUUCAGAGAUGGCUGUCGGUGUGAAAGAAGCUGCAGAACUAAUGGCUAUGGACUCAUCAGGAACAUCUGACCCUUAUGUAAAAGUUUACAUUCAUCCCAACAAGUCCAAAACCUUUGAAACAAAAGUGUUCAGAAAAACUCUGAGCCCAGUGUUUAACGAGCAGUUUAAGUAUCAGAUUUCUCAGAAGGAUCUCAGCGAGUCUACACUUGUGAUGCAGGUGUAUGACUUCAACAGAUUCUCCAAACAUGAUGUGAUUGGAGAGCUGAGGCUGGAGCUCUCUGCUGUGGACUGGAACCAUGUGAUUGAGGAGUGGAGAGACCUGAAUGCACCAUCAAAACAUGAGCAAGAACAUCUGGGUGAGAUUUGCUUCUCACUGCGGUACGUCCCCACUGCAAGUAAGCUCACUGUGGUGAUUCUGGAGGCAAAGAACUUAAAGCAAAUGGACAUUGGAGGUUUAUCAGAUCCAUACGUUAAAAUCCAGUUGGUUCUGGACAAGAGGAAGUGGAAGAAAAAGAAAACAUCGGUGAAAAAGCAAACUUUGAAUCCUUACUUUAAUGAAUCCUUUACAUUUGAUGUGUCAUUUGAUCAGAUUCAGCGAGUCCAGUUGGUGAUCUCUGUGUGGGAUCAUGAUAAAGUGAGCAGGAAUGAUGCCAUUGGGAAGAUCUUCCUGGGAUGUGAUGCUACAGGAAACCAGCUGAGGCACUGGGCAGACAUGCUGUCAAACCCACGGAGGCCAUUGGCACAGUGGCAUACACUACUCUCAGCCGAGCAGGUGGACUCGACUCUGGCCCUGAAACACACACUGAGAAUCCCAUUCACUAAUAAGACUUUUUGAAAAUGUCACCACUUUAUUUUUUUGUGAACAACAUUGUGCCAUUUGUUUUACUAAAUAAUUUAUAUAAUUUCUUGAGUAGAAUAGUAGAAUAUUAAAAAGUGCAGGUUGGUUGUCCUCAACUGAUAUACAGUUCAAGAAAAUUUAUUUGCACAGGUUGUAUAUUACAGGUUUUAUAUAUACAUAUAUAUAUAUAUAUAUAUAUAUAUAUAUAUAUACAUAUAUAUAUAUAUAUAUAUAUAUAUAUAUAUAUAUAUAUAUAUAUAUAUAUAUACUGUAGGCUUGUUAGAUGCGCUCUAUCAUGCACAUACAUGUUGAUUUCUCUGGUGGAAAUGCACACACACAUGCUGAUUUCUCUGGUGGCAAUAAAGGAUAAAGGAUAAGGGUUUGUGUGCAGAGUGUCAGCACACAUAUGGUUUAAUUAGGCUGCCUUAAUGAAAUUUCAGGUCCUCUGAACCAAUACCCAGUGCUACAAGGUUGCUGGGAUUUCUCACUGAUGAAUAUUAGAGUGUGUAAUCAAACCAUUUUACUCUGUAUGUACAUAUGUAUACCUACUCUGUCACGCAAUUAUCCAGUCAGCCAAUGUGAGAUCACUGGACACAGAUUCCGUGAAACCGAGCAGUUAAAGAUUAGAAAAGACCAGGAGACAUUUUUCCAAUCAUUAACUGUCCAAUUUUGCUGAGGCUGUGCCGAUUAUAGCCUCGGAUUCCUGUUCAUAGCUGACAGGAGUAAAACCCACUUUGGUUCUCUGCAGUUACAGCUCAUCUGCUUCCAUGUUUAAUGUGCAUUCUCAGAUCAGUGCAUCACGGUUAUAACGAGUGGUUAUUUCUUAGAAGAAGAAGUAGAAGAAGAAGAAGAAGAAGAAGAAGAAGAAGAAGAAGAAGAAGGCUUUAUUUGUUGUCAGAGCACAGGGUUAGCCUUGAUACAGUGCCCCUGGAGCAAAGUGGGUGCCUUGCUCAAUGGCCCAACAGUGGCAGACUGGAGUUGCAGGGGCUUAAACCCCUGACCUUCCGAUUAGUAACCCAGAGCCUUGACCAUUUGACCCCACACUACCCUAACCUGUUAGUUACUAUAGCUUUCCUGUCAACUCAAACCAGUCUGACCAUUCUUUAAUCUUUUUCAGCAAAAAGAAACUGCUGCUUGGAACUGAUGUUUUUCAUUUCUGUAAACUCCAUAGACUAUGUGUAUUUCCAAGGAGAUUUAUACUUAAA